UUCUGAGCGGCCCCUCCCAGCCGCGGGCACCGGAGGGGGCAAGGACGCCGUGACCGAGGCUAACGCUAGGCAUCUCCCAGGCGACGGGCCCCGCAACAAGAUGGCGGAAGAGAAAGAGAGGGAAGAGUUAGCAGCAGCAGAAUUUCAUAAAAAAAUCAAAGAGGCAUUUGAAGUGUUUGACCAUGAGUCAAAUAAUACAGUGGAUGUGAGGGAGAUUGGAACAAUUAUCAGGUCAUUAGGAUGCUGCCCUAGUGAAGGAGAGCUACAUGAUCUGAUUGCAGAGGUAGAGGAAGAAGAACCCACUGGAUAUAUUCGUUUCGAAAAAUUUCUUCCAGUGAUGACCCAAGUACUACUAGAAAGAAAAUACAGACCAAUUCCAGAAGAUGUUCUUCUUCGAGCUUUUGAGGUUUUAGAUUCAGCUAAACAUGGGUUUCUUACGAAGGAAGAGCUGAUCAAGUAUAUGACUGAAGAAGGUGAGCCUUUUUCUCAAGAAGAAAUGGAAGAAAUGUUGUCUGCUGCAAUUGAUCCAGAAUCAAAUUCAAUUCAUUACAAGGACUAUAUAACAAUGAUGGCAAUAGAUGAAAAUUAAAUGUUCUAAAGAUAAUUUCUUAUUGAAAGGACAGUUUUUAAAAUUGCUUGUUCUUGUUAAUUUCACAUUUUGUCUUGUAAUUUCUAUAUCUAAUAUUUAAUACCUUGUGACAACUGUUUCAAGGUUUUUUUGUUUUUAAAGGUGAUCAUAACAAUUUAAAACAAAUUUAUUUAGUGUGUCUAGCCUUAUGGAAUGACAAACUGCUAUUAUUUGAAAACUAUUCUUAAAACACUUUAACAUUAAAAUGGAUUGUUGUUUAUCUUCUAUGAUAAAACUCAGGUUACCUUCAAAUUAAUUAAACUGACAAGAAAGAAUAAUUAUAACGGCCCACGAUUUGGCAUAUGAAGAUCUUGAGGGGGGCAGAAUGACCACCAACUAAAAAUUACUAACAAUUUGAUGAAGGCUUCUUUUUAAAACAACAAACACUUCAGCAAUCAGAAUGUGGAAGGAGAGUUAUUGAAAUGAAUGUUA